AUGAUCUUUGAGUCACUAGCAAGAUACAAUUCCAAGGCGGAUAGGUUGCUCAUGUAUCCUGAAAAUUGGGCCACAGACAUGGAACUAGAAGCUACGACAUGGACUCUGUUAACAAAAGCAAAAGAAAAAUAUGGCGUGAAAUUACAACCCGUUACUCUCCAAACGUUGGCAGGAGAACCGACCUGGGCGGAUAGUUUGACGAAGUUGUUGGCUUUUAAUCAGACGCAGUAUAAGAGGGUUUUGAGUUUGGAUUCGGAUUCUACGAUUUUACAGCCCAUGGACGAGCUCUUCUUGCUUCCACCGACGACCUUGGCCGCCCCACGAGCCUACUGGUUACCCAACCUGAAAGAUCCCAUCCUCUCCUCCCAACUCCUCCUCAUUCAGCCCUCCAUAGUAGAAUUCAAUCGAAUCCUAAACGCCUUCGACACUCGUCUCGAAGCCGACUACGACAUGGAAAUUAUCAAUCACCUCUACAACUCAUCCGCUCUCGUCCUCCCUCACAGACCCUACAAUCUGCUGUCAGGAGAAUUCAAACGUCAAGGAGACGAUUCUUCGUUGUCCUCCUCUAUUCCUGAAGCCUCUCUCCCAUCCAAAGUCGACCACGCCGCGUACUUGGGCUCUUCAACCGAAGUGUGGAACCCCGACCUUAUCGUCAAUGAAGCCAAAUACGUCCAUUUCUCCGACUGGCCGCUUCCGAAGCCUUGGGUGUUCGCAGAUGAGGACAGUGUGGAGAAUGUGAUGCCACGGUGCGUUAUAUUAGAGACGCGGAAGAGUGUGUUUGAGGGCGUGGAUGACGAUAUCAAGGACGAUUGCAGGGACAGAGAGAUUUGGUUGGGGUUGUAUGCGGAUUUCAAGAGGAGGAGGAAGUUUGCGGUUUAG